CUGCCAAGACACGAUUGGAGGACCGCGGACUCGGACUCGUACUUGAAGUUCCCAAUGCGUUUGUUGGUAGUUGGCCGCUACGUACAAAUAUCUAAUGGUACUCAACUUGUUCAGCUUAUUAUUUCUCUUUCAUUGACUCAGGUUAUCCAGGUGAUCCAAAUUCAGCUACAAUGGCAUAAACAGCCCCUGGAGCGAAACAUUCUUUUCUUUCUCGAAAUCCUGCUGUGCUGCUCCUGCGCGGCGGUCCUCUACUGUCCCUCCUAGUACUGCCAAUAUAGGACGAACCUUGCGAGUGUCGACCAGCCUGCGCCAUGUCCUCAGUCGCACACCAUAUCGUCCCCGCGACGGCUGCGGCAGCGAACACCACUGAACCUAAGCCUAGCAGCGCUUCGACGCGUCUCCUCACUCCCUCGACAAACCCAAUCCCUCUGUUACCUUGGUCUCUAGCCAAGAAGUACAGCCUCGCCCACACCUUCGCCAUAGCGGCAUAUUACUACCUCCGGUCCUCGACGCUGGUCUACGCGGAUCCUGAUCCAUUUCACACGAUGUUUGUGGAUCUGGUGGUUGUGAGUGUUGGUCAGGCGGUGUUUUGUGCCGUUUGUUUGCCUGCUGCUGGGUCGUGGAGUAGUGGGAGUGGAAAUGGAACUGGAAAGACUGCUGGCAUUGAAGGUACGGUAGCAGGAGUAGGAGGAGGGUCGACUGGUGUUUCUGGAGCAGGACUAGGCAGUUUGAAGAAGAAGCAUCACCAUCUCCAUCAUGGCGGCAGUGGUGGGAUUGGAGGUAGUUGGAGGGGAAGAAUUAUGCCAACCCUCCUCUCUCUAAUCCUCACACUCACCCUCCCACCCCUCCCACUCUCCAUCAUCGCCCUCGUCCUCGGCGCACCACUCUACCCGACCUCUUCGCUACCAACCACCCUCCUCCUCGCGAUGCAUGUAUCCAUCCUCGGCUUUUUACCUCUAUUUUAUACCCACGGCGUCUCUGCCUCGGCCUGGCGCGACGUAGCCGCAGCAUGGCUCCCCUUUGACGAAGCGGGCGUCUGGGCCGGGACAGUCGGGUGUAUGGUCGGCGGAUGGGUCGGUGCUGUGCCCAUGGCGCUGGAUUGGGAUCGAGAAUGGCAGAAGUGGCCGUGUACGGUGCUCUGGGGCGUUGUGCUCGGUUGGGUUGUGGGGAGAUUGGUUACGGGUGGGUUGAGAUGGGGAGUGGGGAGGAGGAUUGAUUUGAGUGAGAGAGAGGAAGUAGCAUCAGUGGCACCGCAAUUGGUGUCUGAGACGAAGGGGGCUAGUAAAGACCAGCAUCAGCAUCAAUUAGAGGCUAAGAAGGGGAAUUAAAUCGAGGCAAUGGAAUUCGAUUUGACUCUAAUCCAUUUGAUUAGUGUUCGG